UGUGUUGGGGUGAUUACGUGUAGCUCUCCAGCUAGCUGCUGCUAGCCUGUGAGUCGAUACUGUACCAGCGACUUCACCCACAACAGCUGCUACAGCAAUAGCGAGUUUUAGUUGUCAGCAGAGAACAGGGCGGACACUGAACAGCUAAAACACCACGGGCGGAAUGCUAACCGGAGUUAAUAUGCUGUAGCAGAAUGGAAACACCAGUACAAACUUUUUCGAAGUGGCACUACAUAAGGACACGGCUCUGUUUCCGCGUUCGGAACGUGAAGCAGUAAACUUCAUGCAUUGCUUGAAGUCUUGUACUCCCCGCAAACUACACAUUGUACUCAGAAGGAGACGCUGAAAGGGACACGAUGUUUGCCAAGUUGAAGAAGAAAAUUGCAGAGGAGGCUGCCACGGCACCUCGCAGUGGCGUUCGUAUACCGCGCACCAUCAGCAAGGAAUCCAUCACGUCAGUGGGGGCAGAUUCAGGGGAUGACUUUGCAUCUGAUGGCAGCAGCUCCAGGGAUGACCUGCCCUCUCAGCUGCUCAGAAGAAACGAUCAGAUCCGGAAGCUGGAGGCGAAGUUAUCAGACUACGCUGAGCAGCUACGAAUUAUGCAGAAGACCAAGGAGAAGCUUGAAAUUGCAUUAGAAAGGCAUCAGGAUUCGUCCAUAAAGAAACUCCAGGAACAGAAUGAGUCUCACCAGUCAAACCAAGCCAAAAUGGCAGAGGGAAUGGCUUUAGCAUUGGAAAAGAAGGAUCAGGAAUGGAUGGAGAAGAUGGCUGAUCUAGAAAAGGAGAAGACUGCCCUGUCAGUUCGGCUAGAGGAGAUGAUGGAACAGAGCUUAGCACUCUUCCAGAAAAGGGAUGACUUGGAUGAACUGGAGGGCUUUCAGCAGCAGGAGCUCGCUAAAGUUAAACACAUGUUGCUGAGGAAGGAGGAGUUGCUGAGCCAGCGGGAGCGGGAGCUCCAACAGAAGGAGGCUGAAGCUAAGUCAGCAAAACGUGGCCUGUCCGAGACCCGAGGGAAACUCAAGGCUCUGGAAGAGCAGCAUGAGGAGAGCUGCAGACUCAACUCUGAGUUUGAAAUAGAGAGAGAAGAAAUGCUGCUGCUAAGAGAGGAGGCAGACAAGAAGGUCAGCGAGCUGGAGGGACGAUGCCAGGACCUGCAGUCCGUCAUCCAGCAGGUCUCUGAAGACUUCCAGAAGUCACAGAGUAUGGUGUCAACUUUAGAGAAGUCCCUCCAUGAAUUACAGACUGAACACGAUGCCUUGAAGUUGCAGCAACAAAAGGCUGCUGUGACUGUGGAGGAUAAGGAACGCGUGUUAGUGGACCUUCAGAAGAAAGUAACCUCCUUGGAGAGACGGCUGGAAGGAAACUUGAGCCAGGAUGAGCAUCUACAGGAGUUUCUGCAGGAGAAGUCCAGCGUGGAGCAAAGUCUAGAAGAGACCAGAGCAGAGCUGCUGGCUGUUCGGACAAACCAUGCCGAAACUGUCGCCUCUUUAGAGACACAGGUGUCCAGGAUGAGCUGUACCAUUACUGAACUGCAGACUCUUCUACGACAUAAAGACGACUCUUCAAGGGCCUACAAAGAGAGAACAGACGCACAAAUAGCUACCCUGGAGCAACAAAUUCUAGAGAGUACUGAGAAACUGAGAAGUGCAGAGCAGCAGGUCACAGAAAAACAGCAGCUCGUGGAUAAACUGCAAGGAGAGUGGAGUGCAGAGAAAGCCUUUCUGGAUCAGCAGGUGUGUUUAUUGGACCAACAGAGUCAGGAGAAGACCAGCCGGCUCGAAGAAAGCAUCUCCUCUUUACAAACAGACAAACAGAGGCUUCUGGAGAGGGUGGCCGAGUUAGACAAGCAGAUGGAUGAGGUAAACUCCACUCUGAGGACACAGACAGAAGAGAUGGAGCAGUGCAGGGCUGAAUUGAGCAGCCGGCAGACGGUAAGCACGGAAAUUGCUAAAGCCCUGGAAGAAACCAGACGACAGAAGGAGGAGCUGCAAACACAGGUUGGAGAACUGACCACAGCUCUGCAAACGUCGCAGCAGGACCUGUCCACUGCAACUAGAAAGCUAACACUGAAAGAGGAGGAUGUCCUAACACUACAAAGUGAGGUGCAGAGUCGGCAGGCGUCUCUGGUCCAGCUUCAGGAGGAGGCUGUGCAGCUGCGAGACCAGCUGCAGCAGAUGGAGCUGGAUAAAAACUCCCAGUUGAGCAGCCUGAGAGAGGAGCUGCUCAGCCAGACGCAGCAGCUAGACAGCUGCCAAGCACGGAUCUCGUACCUGGAGGUUGAGGUUGAAACUCUGACAGAACAGCUUCACAGCCCUGAAGUGUGUGAGGAAGAUCAGAAUGGCAGUGUGACUGUGGAUGAUCUGGAUCACAUCCAGAAAGUCAACCGAGACCUGGAGCAGCAGCUCAGCGAUAAGAACAAGACCAUUAAGCAGCUACAGCAGAGACUGGCGGAACUGAAGAGGACUCUCCAGAAAGAACUGAAACUAAAGCCCGAACCAGAAACCGAAGGCAAGGAGAGGUUUCCAGAGGGCCGAGCAGAAAAACUAGAGAGUGCUUAUUCAGACACACUACCGAGAUCUACGCCGAGCCCUCCAACCUCCAACACCACAGUUACAAACACCUCAGACCUCAACGACUCACGGGAAAUCAACUUUGAGUAUCUGAAGCACGUCGUCCUCAAGUUUAUGUCAUCCAGAGAUGCUGAGGCGUAUCAGCUAAUACGAGCUGUAUCUGUGCUGCUGAACUUCACUCGUGAGGAAGAGGAUAUGCUGAAGCAAACGCUUGAGUAUAAGAUGUCCUGGUUUGGAUCCAAGCCUUCUCCAAAGGGUAUCAUCAGGCCUUCCAUCUCAGGCGCUUCAACCAACUGGAGCUGAUGAGUAGCAGAAAAACUUGAAGAGAUGGAAAGAAAUUAAAGAGAGGACCCACUCCAGGAGGAUAGAGUCCUUCCUGUGUGGCUCCCAUCACUGAGCAGGACUCUGACUUGAACCUUUGAACAGCCUCCCACGGUUUCUCUCUUCUGAUUCUGUGUGGGAAGGACUGUUGUUUUCUGCUCCGUGGGGACGGAGAAGGGGCUGCACUGUAUCUUUGAGGGACAAAGGCUUUUUCAUAAUCAGUUGUUGGUUUUAAAUUGACAUUUUUUUCUUGUCAGUGGCUGUGACAGACCAUUUUUUUGUCAUAUGAAACAGAUCUGAUGUUUUCUAGUCAGUGAAAAGUAGUUGGCAUGUAAGAAAAGGAGACACAUCAGGAUGAGAUAACAGGCUGAUCUGACUGUUAUUCUUGGGACUGCCUCAUUUCUACUCUCUUUUUGGGAGAACAGACAUCAUUGAGACUUGAUGCGACUAUCAUCAGUAGACCGAUGGUACAGUCUUGGAUUGCUGAAGAGCCUCUUUACUUGUUAAGUGGUUCUUAUUUAAUUUAAAAUCAUGGAGGGGUUCUUUAAGGAAGAUGUACAGGACACUGAAGCUGCCUUGGCUUCAGUGACAAUAAGAGUUUAUUUAAUAGUCCCCGUCAAAUAGAUAUAAAUAGCACACACUGGUGUCAAAGGAACCAAAUUGUCUACUUGUGAAAACAUAUCAAUUUAAGUCAUUUUUUUUAUUAUUAUUAUUUCAGGAUUACAAAGGUCUUUUAACUAACAGCAGAAUCUACACUGGCUUUAAUGUCCAGUAGCAUUACCAAAUCCCAGAAGUUUUCAUAGACGUGAUACUACUUACAUUUCCUUAACAAUCAUAUACCGUGACAUUAAUAUUGCCUUUUUAUGUAUCCUACUAGAUGAUCGAUAUCGGCUUUUGAACAAGGUUGAACUAAAGCUAGACAAAGCUUGACUAAGCCUAAGACUCAAUGUAGAUAUUUUAGAUUAAAUGCAAAAACUUUAAUUAUUUUUAUUAUAUUCUUUUCAGUUUCAGUUCAGUGCAAUACAUUUGAAUUCAUUUACUACAAUAUUCAGUCUUUUAAAAUUAGUUUGGGCAAACGAGCAUCAAGGAAUGGCCCCAACCAAAACCACAUUUCAACUAAAAUGUCUUGACUAGUAGAAAUUCUGUAUCAUACAUAUUUUAGAAGUACUGUCCAUGGGCUCUGUUCUGAGUAAAAAAUGCAAUAUGUACAUCUAUACUGUUUGGGGUCCUUUAACACCAGUGUGAAUGUAUGAACUGUAUUUGUGCAGUUGGACAAUAAUAAUAACAAGUGUGAUAAAAAAAGUGAAUGCUAUGUAAAUGAUGAAUGACGGAUAUGUUCUACCUUUACCUGCCUUUGCUGAUGUAAAUGAAAGUACAUUCCACAUGUCUAUUUAUAUAUACAAAUAUGUACAUACUGUAUGCAUUGAGAACUUUAUAAAUCAGUGGAUGUAAAUGGUUUGACAUGGUCAGUUUGCAGUAUUUAUCAUCAACAUAGACCAGAACCCUUUAUGUUUCUGCCUCAGCUUUUCACACUACGGCAGUCACCAUCUCCAACCCUGAUGUCAGUCAUAACACACCAUGUGUUCCUCUGCCAUUUGAAGUCGUAUCUAUUUAAUGUGUUCCCUGUAUAUUGAGGCAUGGGAUCACGUCUUUGGAUGCAGAAUUGUCAUCAUGUGUUACUAAUGACAAGUAGCAGACUGAUAUAGUCAUGCAGACUCCUUUCGGUAAAUAUACUGUCUCCAUGAGAAUGAAAGAAAGGGUGAAUGCACUUUUUAACCUGUUUGAUUCUGCUGUACUAAACCCUGAAACACAACGGUACAAUCACUACAGCUUUUCUGUCUUCUGCUUUUAAAGAUUCAAUGAUUGCUCCUACUGCUGUUGUUUCCUUUCCCACAUUUAUUACAAAUAAACCCUGAAUCACAUCUUCAAA